GAGGGACUCUGCAGACACACACACACGCACACACACAGAGUCACACACAUUGAGCUUUGCUCCUCCUCAGUCCUGCUGUGUCUUUACUAACGGGACAAGUUUAAACCUCCAGGAUUUCUCUGCCGGUUCUCCGCUUUUCUCUCGCCUCCAUGUGAACAUCUCGACCCGGAGUGAGGACGUUUACUGCUGCUGAAAGGAUGAGGAUGACGGGUGGAGGCCACGGCCGAAGGUGCAGCCCUCGCUAGAAUCAUACUUUCUCCCUCAACUUCACCCCUCCACCAUCCAUCCACUACUGCCGUCCCUCCGCCCGGCGCCAUGGCCAACCAUCUGGAGCUGAUCCAGGAGCUGCAGCAGCUGGACAAAGUGCCAAGCCUGGAGAGGCUGCGGGCGGCCCAGAAGAGGCGUACCCAGCAGCUGAAGAGAUGGGCUGUGUACGAGAAGGAGAUGCAGAUCAAGAAGCGAAAGGCUGACAAGAAGGGACGCAAUGCCAACAACCUCCAGCAGCAGUCCAAAAGGCACGUCUCGUUUGCAGCAAGCGUGGCACUUCUGGAGGCGUCGGCCAGGAAUGAUCCAGAUGAAGUACGCUACCUGCUGAAGAACAAUUUGAGUCCAGACCUCUGCAAUGAAGACGGCCUCACCGCCCUGCAUCAGUGUUGUAUAGAUAACUAUGAGGAGAUGGUGAAGAUCCUGCUGGACAGAGGAGCCAGCGUCAACGCUCAGGACAACGAGCUGUGGACGCCGCUGCACGCCGCUGCUACCUGUGGCCACGCAGGACUGGUCAAGAUACUCAUUGCACACGGUGCAGAUUUGCUGGGCGUCAACUCUGAUGGGAACAUGCCGUACGACCUGUGUGAAGACGACCCAACACUGGACAUCAUCGAGACGGCCAUGGCCAACAGAGGCAUCACCCAGGAGAUGAUCAAUGAGACACGAGCGUCAACAGAGAGGAGGAUGCUGGGAGACGUCCAGGAACUGGUCAGACAGGGAGAGGAGGUCAACCAGCAGGACUCUCAGGGAGCCACGCUGCUCCACAUCGCAGCAGCAAGUGGAUACGUGCAGGCUGCAGAGCUGCUGCUGGAGGGGGGAGCUCGCAUGGACCUGAGAGACUCGGAUGGAUGGCAGCCUCUUCAUGCUGCAGCGUGCUGGGGUCAGAUGCACGUGGCAGAGCUGUUGGUGUCUCAUGGAGCGAGUCUCAAUGCCAAGACCUUCCUGGAUGAGACCCCCAUCGAUCUGUGUGAGGAUGAGGAGUUCAGAGCCAUCCUGCUGGACCUGAAACACAAACAUGACAUUAUCAUGAAGUCGCAGCUCAAACACAAGACCUCACUGUGCAGGCGAACGUCCAGUGCAGGCAGUCGUGGCUCCUGUGUCCACAGGAAAGUGGUGCGGCGAGCCAGCCUGUCGGACAGACACAACUUGUGCCGUAAAGAGUACGAGACGGAGGCCAUCGUGUGGCGGGGAGGGAGGGAGGAGCAGGAAGAAAAAGAGAAAGAGUCUGAUCAGGAGAAUAACCGGGUGGUUGAAGUCAAGCCAGUCGUACCUGUGGAGCUGCCAGACAAGCCCAAGUUGCCCACCAUCCUCAAAGAUGGCAGCAGCAAACAGAACGGGCUCAUCUCCACGACGACGUCCACACCGCCGCAGCCGCCCUCCAAUGGCAACACGGCAGCGUCUGAUGCCUCCAUUCAGGAGGAGGCCUGCCCGAGAGAGCGCGCCCAGACUCUGUCUGAGCUCAAGAAACAGAGGUCUGCUGCCAAAUUGCUGAGUCACCCUUUGUUCAAUGGCCACCUCGGUAACGGCUCCACGGACUCCUUCACUGAUGCCAAAAACAACUCUGAGGACUCUCGCAUGCCGCUGGUCUCAUCCAAUGGCAACGCGGUUUACUACACGCCAGCAAGCGGCGACCCGCCCCUCCUCAAACUGAAACAGCCAAUAGAGGAAGAGCAGCCGAAGGUGCGAACCUGCUGCUGCGUGUCGUAGCACCCUGGUCACCUGACUGUUGACAGAACAGGAAGUGUUUCCACAGAGAAGCGAGGAAUGUGCUGUGGGAGGAGAGGAAGGAAGCAAGGAAAGAGGGAGCGUUCCUUUUUUAACAUCCUUUUCCUCCCCUCCUUUUAACUUCUCCCAGAGAAGAUGGCUCGCCUGAAGAUGGUUUAGAAACGUAUCCUUGUACCUCCAUGCCAUCAUGAGACUCCUGCAGGCAUGUUUCAAGCGUAGCACAGAAGAGGAAAGGAACAGACGAGUGCUACUUGUUUUCUUCCAGGUUUCACUUGGAAUAAAAGUCCUUUUCAUAUGUGGAGUGCGGCCCUGCUGUCCCCCCCCCCGUGUGUAAGAAUCAAAGUAUGGACAUAUCUUUUCAAGCUGUUUUGCUAAUAAAAGAUUUUGAGUCUGGAAGUAGCGAAGAUUUCAAGGUACAAGGUGCAUGUUCUGCCCUCAGAGAUGAAGGUGGAAAAUAUAUUUUUUACCCUAAAUAUGGAUGGCUAUCAUGUCAUUAAAUAACAUUUUCUUCAGGACAAAGUCGCACUGUUGUCAAACCACAAUGUUAUGCUUUUUUUGUCAUACUUUUGUUCAAAUGUGCAGGAAUGCCAUCAGAGCGGUCCAGAUGUUUCGCAUUACAUCAUGUUGUUGUACAACUGAAACAGUAAAACGUAGAAAAAAAGAGAUCUGUGAAGUCUCUAUUCAAGUGUCUGCCAUGUUUAAAUGCUGCCUGCAUAAGUAAAGGGAAGGAAUGCCAUAACACAGUAUUACAAAUAUUCAGGAAGUGUACUUCUGCAGCGAGAGAUAACAGGAAAGAGUAAAGUUCUGCACUAGUGUUUGAAACUAUAUCCAUAACUAUACUUCACCGUCCGCUCGCAUCAAAUGCAUAACCCACUUUGUACUCGUUUAGAUCAUUUAAGCAAACAUGGUUGAAAAUGAUUGUACAUUUCUUUAUUUAUGAAAUUAAUGUAAUGUGUAGAGAAAAGAAAUAUUGGUUCCUAAAGUUGAGUGUAUUUAUUAUUUGGAUGGUGUGUGGAGAGCGUGAAUGCAAUAUAAGAUGAGCUGGAGAGUCUUCCAGCAAAGCACCUUCUGACAUGGAAAAAUCAAACGUUAACUGAUAAAGUGAAGUAAAAGUUACUGUCUUUAUGUACAUGUUAUUAAUAUCACACAAACAAUCCAUCCCAUCAGGAUGGAGUUCAUAUUUGUGUCACUACAAAUAACAGUGUUAUUUGUUUAUGCUUUGGGUUGUUGUUUCUUCUUCUGGUGGCCAUUGUGUGGCUUUAUCUUCUCCCAGUCACUGUAUUUGUUGCAUUAGCAGAAAUUGUAAAUGUUGUGUAAUGAAUUACUGUAAGUAUAGUAUGAGUUCUCUCAAGAUACACAUGAAAUUGUAUGCUUGUCUCAGUUUUUUGAAUGGAUUUGGUAUGUAGCGAGCUCACACCAUUAAUGUCAGGUGUCCUUGAAUGCAACAUGGAUUCAACAUAAAAUACAAAAACAAGUACUAGAAGUAGCUUCUCUGCGUGUUGACAAUUAUGCUUAUUUGUCAGAAGGUAAGAAAGAAGAUCUAUAGCACUCUCAUGUCUGUACGCUAAACCAGCAGCUGGUUAGCUUAUCUUUGCAGAAAGACUGCAGUUACAGAAACAGUUAGCCUGGCUCUGUCCAAAACUAACAACACCUGCCACUGGACUGUUUCUUGGCCAGCUACUUUGGUUCCUGGUUCCCAACCAGUCCGGCACAUAACUCAUUGAACUAUGUUUGUAUUUUGUACAGAUUAAACAAACAAUAUAUAUGAAGUGUUAACAGACCUUUUUCACGCAACAUCUUUUUACUCAUCACAGAUGGAACAACUAACAUUAACAAUAGCUCCGUUCCUUUAAGUGUCCCAGGAGGAUUUAUUUUGUUUCCCUUGUUUCCAGUUUGUGUGCUAAGCUAUGCUAACUGGCUGCUGCCUCCAGAUUCAUCUUUAACAGAUAUGAGAGUGGUAUCAAUCCACUUAUCUAACUCUCUUCAAGAAAUCCAAUUAACAUAUUUCCCCUUGUAACCAACAACAGCUCAUCUAAUCUCCCUGUGAGUGCCAAAGAGUCUUCCAUGAUUUAGAAAAAUAACUUUUAAGGACAUUUGAAAACUUUGGGACAAGACUUCCCACAAUGCCACUCCCACUUUCUCCCCACCACAUCAACUGUACAGUGUCAAAUAUUUGUACAGAUGCAUUUGUAAAUAUGUUUGUGUUAGUGUCCCCUUAUCUGUUGUUCCCAUGAACUGCAUUUACAUGUCGGUGUCGUUACUGUUGAGAACAUAUAGGAAAUUACAAUUACCCACAUUAAUGAACAGCGUUAGCAGCAAUUUGGUUGUCGAGCGGGACACUGAGUCCAUGUCGACCCCCUCAGUAAUCCUGAAGUCUAAAAUCUAUCGGGAAUGUCCAGUGCACCCAGGUGUCAUCAUCAUACUUAGUAUUUUCUCCCUGCUGUUGGGUUACCAGUGUCUGCGCUCGGUUUUCUUCAGUGGAAUCAAAGGUCAGGUUUUUCAACUCUAUUAGAUGAAGUACAAAUGAAGUCACUCAGAGAUUUCUACAUCCCCUAUUUUCACUUCCUUUUUUUCCCCCUCUGACGUCACCUGUUACUUGUGAAAUUGACUUUAAGUUACUCCAGCCCAUGUUUAUCCUAGCAGCUGCUUUUGUAAAUGUCAUUUUUGCUUCCUUGUUAAUGAAAUCCAAAUCGCAUUCAAUUGUAAUUUUGAAUUAAGACCUGGUCAGUAUUAGCCAGAAAGGGACAGUCGGCUGUUUAAAAGAUACCCUGUGUUCUCAUGGUGUGUAUAUAGAUCAAAGCUUGUGUUUGUCUGCAAGUCUUGUUGUCUAUAACAAUAAGAUUAUACAGACGAAAAACUACUGAUUUUGUAAUUACUGGAAUAUAUUGAUGGUUGCAUUAACAUAUUUUGAAUAAAUUGUAUAUUUUGAGAAUUUUA